CUAUACAGGACAAUAGCCUAUUGCCAGUGGGUAGACAACCUGGAGGAGACCCAGAAGAUGCUGUCAGUCACUGGACCUCUCAGUGACAUGCUAAAGUGGAUCCUCAGCCACCUGAACAGCAGCAUGGUGCAAAGGCAGAUGUACGGCCACGGCAUCGGACGCUUCUCCAAGGAGGAGGUCUACAAGCUGAUGGAGAAGGACAUGCGCACACUGGCCGAACUGCUGGGUAUGUAUGGAGAGGUACAGGGGGAUGGGAGGGUAGGGGUAGACAGAGGGUGAAUCCCAAAUCAACCCUUAGGCACUACCCUUAGGCCUAGGCACUUGUGUAGAUAUGAGAGGAUCGGACUAGUGUAAGCAAUAUAGCGAUAAUUCUCCCUGGCCUAUCAGAGGGCAAAAUGGAGCAACAACCAUAUUGCUUACAGCGAUCCAAUCCUCUCAGAUCUACAGAAGUGCCUAGGUGGUUGGGACUAGGGGUUGAUUUGGGAUUCAGGGAGAGACUAGAGGCAACUGAAGGACAACUGAUGUUGUAGCCAAUUUCUCAACGCUCUCACAGUAUUGAGAAAUUGGCUACUGAUGAUGGAGAUAUGAGGAACAAUGGGAAAGGAAGGCUUCCUAAUCAUCCGGUAUCACUUAUAACAUGGGGUCAGUUGAAGUUCACUGUAAGAUUGACUUUGUAGUGGGGUAUGUCCUUUAUGCACAGCUCCAUUUUACUCUCUUCCACUCUCUAGUGGUGAGAUAAUGUAUAUGCACAGUGCUUCCAACUACAAUAUGUGUUUCAAAUGUCUUUUAGUAGGGAAAAGAGCCGAGAAUGUCUAUUGAUUUUAGCGUAAAAUCUUUGCAAGGUCGUAAACUAUAGUGUCAUCUUUGCAAGGUCGUAAACUAUAGUGUAAUAUGUGCAAUUUGAAUUUACUUUAUAACGCUUUUAAUAUAACUACUAUAACGUCAAACUGUUCUCCUGGUUGGCUGGGUGUUUCCCUGUGGGUAUGUUGAUGGUUGGUUGAUGCAUGGUUGAUGCUUGGUUGAUGCUUGGUUGAUAGUUGGUUGAUAGUUGACUGAUUUUUGACUGAUAGUUGACUGAUUGUUGACUGAUAGUUGACUGAUAUUUGCUGAUAGUUUGCUGAUGGUUGGUUGAUAUCUGUUACUGACCUCAGUUGUUAAUCUGUCCUGCAGGAGAUAAGAAGUACUUCAUGGGGCAUAAGAUGUCGACAGUAGACACUGCUGUGUUUGGUCACCUGGCCCAGGCCAUGUGGACACUACCUGGCACACGACCUGAACAGCUCAUCAAAGGUCAGUUCAAUCUCUCAGCCUCUCUGUGAAAUGUUUUACUCAUACUCACAAUACCAAAGCAUCAUAAUUGAUUGGUUUUAAAAGUGUGCAUUGUGAUUGUGCUAUUAUUGUGUUAUUGUUAUUAUGUUGUUAUCAAGAUUGUAUCCAAAAAUUCUGUACCUAAUGUAUUAUUCUAUAGAUUUAAAGGCAUGUGGAGAAUAGGAUGCAAUAAGGUCCUCCUGUUUUAUACAGGUGUACUUGCCUACUUCUUCCACUAGAUGACAGUGAAAGACUGUAAUGUGCAGUGUUGUUGCACAUUUACUAGUCAUGGUUUCAGCCUUUAGAGAACAGAGACAAUCAGAGAUGAAAGACUCUCUUUUCAUUUUUGAACUGUACAAAAUCUGACAAUCAAGGUCUAAAUAUGAAAUCAGAGGAUGCUCUGAUACUGAUGUACAUUUUCCUUGAGUACUGAUGUUGGAACGUUUCAGCCUUUAGAGAACAGAGACAAUCAGAGAUGAAAGACUCUCUUUUCAUUUUUGAACUGUACAAAAUCUGACAAUCAAGGUCUAAAUAUGAAAUCAGAGGAUGCUCUGACACUGAUGUACAUUUUCCUUGAGUACUGAUGUUGGAACCUGUACUUCCUGUAUCCCCUGUCCCCUGUGUUUUAGGCGAGCUCAUCAACCUGGCCAUGUUCUGUGAGCGCAUGCGGAGAAAGUUCUGGCCUGAGUGGUUUGUGGACAUAGAGGACCUGUACUAUGACGGAGCAGACACUGACAGCAGCGAGGGCUCUCCUACAGGCCUGAUGGACUUUGGCCUGUUCUCCAGGACAGACACCAUGGAGGAGAGUGAAGCCUCCGACAAACACACACACUCACACACUCACUCCCCCGAUACGGACCACUCGCUGUUUGACUCGGACGUGGGCACGGGCUCAGACAACGAGCCGCAGCUCAAGUGUGAACCUCCAAGUCCUGACCCUCCUAAUCCUGCCCCUUCCAAACCCAGUCCCAAACCUCCCAACCCUUGACCCACCCUCAUCCUGGGAGGUGGGGUGGGUUUGGCUGAGGCGGUCAGACGGCCGGAACUUCGAACUAAUCAGGGCGCUGCUAUCUGGAUUGGCAUCAUAGAGCUGCGGAACACAGAGGCACAGUUCUCGCUUCUGCUGCUGCCCCUCCCUCUCUUCCAGAGAUCUGUGCUCACACAUGGAGGCGCAGUUAUAUCCCAUGAUGACUGAAAACUGUAUCCUAACAAUGUAAUAUCAGUGCGCCCAGACAAACUGGGUAUUUGUAUGCAGAGCGUAUAAAUCGAACCCCCUGUUACAUGUGUUACAGUAAUAUGAUUUCCUCACCCCUAGUGAUUGUAACAUUGCCAAUAUGGCACUAUCACAGACAUUGCCUUAUUUGUGUCAGUUGUCCCAGGGUACAGACUAGUGUAAAACAUUAUUAGAGAGAUUGUUGGUGGAACCAGUUAGUGGUGCAUCUGUCCAUGGAAUACAGACAACAUGGUUGUUUCUUAGAAAUGUAGCUAGUGAAAGAGAGACGAUGAUGAUGGUAGCAGAAACAUGAAAACACUGGAUUUGAGAGGAAACGGAGGACAGUCAUUUGCUAUAACUUGGACACAUAUUGUAAAGAGUGAUAUAUAAAGAAUGUUUGACUUGGGUGGCUGCUCUAGUCUGUGUCUUACUAACGGUGGGCUGUUCUACUAGUAGUCCUAUUGUUUGUGGCUUGCUGCUGAGCAUCAGCCAUAAUCACUGGCCUUUCCAUCAACUCUGUGUCUAACUUCACUCUAGUAAAGGAGAUUGGGAUACACGAAAGGAACUGGAGAUGUAACACUCUUGUCGGAGUACACUUACUAGUACAGGCUGGUUGUAGAUCCGUCUCUUGUAUCUCACCACUAGAGGGUGCUGUAUCUAUACAUCCAUCCUGCGGUCUAUUUAACUCUAUGGUCUUGAGUCCUGUCAGUUUCUGCCACUUGGAAUGUUAAAGGCCCAGUGCAGUCAAAAACGUAAUUUUCCUGUGU